AAAUAAAACAAAAAAACAAAAAAAAAGGGUUGAAAAGCGCCGUCUAUCUGGAGAAAUUUGUAUAGACCAUGAGGAGGUGAGAGUCUUCCGGAGACUGCGAAAACCCUAAUUUCGUUCGCGAAAAAAGGUCUUUUUUUUGGGUUCUAAUCUUAACGAUGGUGCAUCACUCAACCGACGAUGAUUCGGAGUUGGAAGUAAGACCUGAUGGUGCUACUAUGCUCGUCCAACAGAGCGUCGACGCUCCCUCCUCCUCUGACUCACGACCUCUCCAGGAACCAGACUCUUCUUCCGCCGUUUCUAAUCACACCAUCACUAUCACCGUUUCCCAUGACUCCUCGGACCACCUUCUUCAUGUUCCUGACCGCGCCACUUUCGGGGAUGUGAAGAAAGCCCUUGUCCAGAAAACUGAGUUGGAGGCUAGUGAUAUGAAGAUCUUGUUCAGGGGAGAUGAGAAAGAUGAUGACGCUGAGCUAUUGCAAGCUGCUGGUGUUAUUGACGGUUCUAGUCUUGUCCUUGUGGAGGAACCUAAUGAGAGAGAGGACCAUGUUGAACCGCCUCCCGUGAUGAUGAUGACCGAAGAGAUUGCCAAGGCUGUUGCUGCUGUUCAGGCAGUCACUGGAGAGGUCGAUGACCUCUCGGAUAGAGUUGCUGCUUUAGAGGCUGCUAUCGAUGGAGGGACGAUAGUUGCGGUGAAGGAGUUUGACAUGGCUGCUGAGCUGCUCAUGAGGCAGUUGCUCAAAUUGGAUGGCAUCAAGGUAGAUGGGGAAGCUAGAGUACAGCGAAAGGCAGAGGUACGUAGGGUCCAAAAGUUGCAGGAGGAUGUGGAUACCUUGAAGGCAAGAUGUUACAGAGCAAAGCCGCAGCUGUAACCACUGAGUGGGAUUCGUUCUGAAACCGGUCUUGGAAAGCUCGAACCCUCCGCCAGCUUUCGCUUUUGUACCAAUGUAAAACCAAGAUUGGGAGAAAUUUGACUGACAUUUUUAUUAUUCUGUUACGUUGCUUAAAAAAUAUAUUUGCUUCUUUC